UCUCAUUCUCUCUCACUCAUCUCUCUCUUUUACUAUUUCCAUGAUACCCUGAUAAUUUCUUGGAUUUUCAAUACAUUUAUUCAAGACUACUUUGUAAAAUAUUCCCAAAGAUGGGUUUCUCUAGUAUAAAUAUGAGAUCAUUAGGUGGUUAACCAUCCUACAAAGCAUAUCUCCACCUCAAGUAGUCUUAAUUAUUCACUCUUUUUUUUUUUUUUCUCCAAAGGUUUCCUCUCUUGAUCUCUUUCUUUCUUAUCAGAUCUAAAUUUGGAUUUCUUGUUAAGUAUAUAUCACCAAUCUUGGAAAUUAUUUUCAGGUUAGAUACAUAACAAUUAAUAAUGAUGCUUUCGGUGAUGGCUGCGAUCCUCGUCUGCCUUAUAGGCUACAUUUACCGAUCAUUAAAGCCUCCACCACCGCGAAUCUGCGGCGUUCCACACGGUCCUCAGGUUACUUCUCCCAGAGUCAAGCUCGGUGAUGGACGAUAUCUUGCCUAUAGAGAAUCUGGAGUUGAUAGAGCCAGUGCUAACUACAAGAUUAUUGUCGCGCAUGGCUUCAACAGCUCCAAAGACAUUGAUUUUCCCAUCCCUAAGGAUAUGAUUGAGGUAUUUGGGAUAUACUUUUUGUUCUACGAUAGAGCAGGAUAUGGAGAAAGUGAUCCACACCCAUCACGCACAGUUAAGAGUGAAGCAUACGACAUUCAAGAACUCGCCGAUAAACUCAAGAUCGGACCAAAGUUCUACGUUCUUGGUAUAUCACUUGGUGCUUACUCGAUUUACAGUUGCCUCAAAUACAUUCCCCACACACUAGCUGGAGCAGUGUUAGUGGUUCCAUUUGUGAACUAUUGGUGGACUAAAGUGCCUCAAGACAAAUUGAGUAAAGCGUUGAAGCUAAUGCCAACGAAAGACCAGUGGACCUUUAGAGUGGCUCAUUAUGUUCCGUGGUUGUUAUAUUGGUGGUUGACCCAAAAACUGUUUCCGUCUUCGAGUAUGAUCACGGGGAACAAUGCGAUAUGCAGCGAUAAAGAUUUGGUCGUCAUAAAGAAGAAAAUGGAGCAUCCAAACCCUGCCAUGAAAAAGGUCCGACAACAAGGAGACCACGAGUGUCUUCACCGGGACAUGAUGGCUGGAUUUGCUACAUGGGAAUUCGACCCGACUGAAUUGGAAAACCCGUUUCCAGAAGGCGAAGGAUCGGUCCACGUGUGGCAAGCGAUGGAAGACAGAAUCAUUCCAUACGAAAUCAAUCGAUAUAUUUCACAAAAGCUUCCAUGGAUUAAGUACCACGAGGUCUUAGGUUAUGGACAUCUUCUAACAGCCGAGGAGGAGAAAUGCGUAGACAUUAUAAAGGCGCUUCUUGUUGACUGAUGAGCAUCUAUAUCUCUACACAAAGAUAUCGUAACAUCAUACACUAAUAUAGAUGCUAGCUAAUAAAAACUUGACUUAUUUGAGAGGUUUAUUUGAUGGACUAUCAUAUUAUAUAAGUUUGUAACUGAAAUGAAAAACCUAUUGAAAGUCAAUACUUUAAGGUAAUAUUAUUAAGUCUUAACAAUCUA